UGUAUAUUACUACAAGAGGGCAGGACAAAUAAUCUUGAGACAUACAUUGUCAUAAUUGUAUUAAACUAAAAAGAAUAUUAGAAUAAAAAUUAAUGAAUUAAGGAAUUAAAGAUUUUAACUAUUGUAAUUUAUAAAUGUUGAGAUUGUUUAAAUGUAAAUAAAAGUAUGAGUACACAGAGAGGAAAUUCUAACCGAUCAAGACCACAAAAAUAUCAGAAUCAGACUGCUUUUAAAAAUGAUUUACAUGACAAAUCAAAUAAAACAAAAUGUAUUAAUAGCAUAGAAGUUGCGCACGUAUGUGAGAAAUGUAAGAAAAUAAUUGAAUGGAAGAUCAAAUACAAAAAAUACAAACCUUUAAAAGCAGCUGCAAAAUGUAUCAAAUGUGAACAGAAAGCAGUAAAACAUGCUUAUCACAAUAUGUGUUUAUCUUGUGCUGCGGAAUAUAAAGUGUGUCCAAAAUGUGGCAGUAAAGGUGACAUUAUUAAAGCAGAACCUAGUAAAGAAGAAAUUGCAAAAUCAGAUGUGGAGUUACAGAAUUUGCUCAAAGGAUUAUCUGAGAGGAAACGUAGAACGUUCAUACGUUACAUGAAUAACAAAGCUACAAAUAAGAAAAGGAAAUCCAUCAAAGAAAACAAAGAGGAAGAUACAGAUGAAGAGGAGGAACAAGAGAAUAACUGUAUUACAAAAGAUGCGUUGUCCAAAGAAAAUUUGUUAUUAAAAUUAAAAUCCCUAAUGAUUAAAGAUGAUGAUGAUAACUCGGAUAUUGAUAAUGAUAGUGACUCAGAUUUGUUUUUGUAGAAAAAAUAAAACAUUUAUAC